AUGAACAAGAGUCAGGCCAAGACGGGCCGGAAGGGCGACCCUCGGAUGCACCGUGCCGUAGCGGCUCGCAUGGAAAAUCCAGAAUUAUCUCUCUUUGAAGCUCUCCGAAUUGGAGGAUUCGAUUAUCCCGCAGAUGAAGAUGCCAGCAUCAUGGAUUCCGAGAAAGUAACCUUGGGUCAGCGAAAGAAUCAGCUGAGUAGACGCUUGCGCUUGGCGCGAAAGCAACAAGAGGAGUCCAUGAACAACGCAGGUGGUGGAGCUGGCGUGGGCAUGGGAGGAGUUGGCGGCAUGGGAGAUCAUCACCAUGGCGCUGCUGGCAUGCUGGACGAUUCUCUUACUGCCCAGCUGGGCGGUGGAUUAGGAGGUAUGCCUGGACUGGGAGGAAUGAAUCAUGCCGCAUCAUCUCUUAAUGCCAAAAUGAAGCUUCAGCUGCAGCAACAAGCUGCUGCCAACGGGGCCAUGUCAUCAGAGGCGCAGCGUCAGUUGGAAAAAUUGAUGCAGCAUUCUCAGCAAGCCAAACUGAGCAGUGGUGUCAAGCGCAAUCACGCUCAAUUGGCAGAAUUAGGACCUGACGCCGAAAUGCACCCAAACGAGGACGAGACCAAUCUGAUGGAUGACAAGCGCAGAGUGGCAAAGUUCCACCCUCAGUACCAACCCCUCUUCAUCCCCAGAGCAGCCUCAUUGCGGAACUCCUUUACCACGGGGUCCUCUCAGUUGUCAUCUCAACUGACCAGCAGUACGCCUCAGCUCGGACCCCUUUCGGCUCCCUUGACGCCACUUGGAGCUCCUCCAUCGACAUUUGCGGCUGCGGCUGCUUCCAAUUCGUCUCUCUUCUCGGGAGGUGCUUCUGGCUUGCUGGGACAAGCACAAAACAGUCUGUCCCAGCGUCGUUCUGGUGCUAAUGCUGGUGGCGGCGGUGGUGUAUCCAGUCACGCCUCAGGCGUCGCUGUUGCGUCUUUGUCGAAUACGGCGCAGACUGUCGGCCUCAGUCUCGAGCAGCUGGCUGUGGCACUCUCGUCCUCUUCAAACUUGGUCAAGGUAUUGUCCAAUAACUCUGGCAGUGAGCAGCAGCAGGAACUUGCCCUGCGGUUGUUCCGGAACGAAUCACGCGCCCUGUACCAGCGAUGCAUGUUGCUGGCGGGGUUUCGCCCGGAGGAUGCCGAAGAAAAGUCCCAGAAUCACCUACAGUUUGCCUUCUCGGCUUGGCAAAUGGAAGGCAAGCGCUUGCAAGAGCUCAUGGGAGACGAGAAUAACAGUGCUGCCCGUGGAGCCAAUGCUUCUGCUAGGCUUGGCGCAAGCCGCAACAACAACAUUGGAGCCGGUCUAAAUGGAAACACUUUGUCGGGUCUCUCUGGUGGAAUGAAUGGGCAAAUGGACAGUAUUGGCACGGACCAUGGUAGCCAUGAUCACGGCCACUCGCACGGUCAUGACCCGGGCCAUAACCACUCGCACGAACAUGCCUUCAACGGCCACCAUGUGCAUCAGCUGGAAGGAAAAUGUGGACACAAGGCAAUUAUCCAUCAGCCCAAAGAUGGAUCUGCUCACAUUGAUUUCGUGGUGGGUGACAAGGUGGAGUGCUAUCACGGGGUCCAGCCCAUGGGCAACAAGUCGCUGUCGGCGUGGCCCAGCAAGUACAAGUGCGAGGAACUCGCUUGUCCUGCACCCUGUGCGGAAACGUCGUGUGAUGAUGUGGACCAACCAGUGGAUUUGGACGUGGGCAACCGCGGACCCAAGAUUUUGGAUCUCUCGGAUAUUGAUCUGUCCGGAGCGGAAUGGAAUUCCGACCUCAAUGGUUCAAUGGGAGGGACUCUGUUGGGUCUCUUCAAGUUGGGUGAUUCUGACAAGGACGAUGGCCCAUCGCCCCAGGGCAAUUCCAGCGGCGGCGACGGAGGAUUUGGAAUCCAGGUGUAG